UUUUGAGGUUGAAUGCUUUCACGCCUUACCUGUGUAACAUGCAGGCUCUGAGUUAAAGGGUAAAGGUAAAUCACUGUGCGAGAAAAAAAUCCCACUCUGUGUAUCCGAGCGUUUGGAAAACCCCAGCCUUUCAGAUAUCAGCAUUGCUUCUGUCUGUUUGGCCCGUCCAUGAGUGUGUUGUUGCUGGAGGCCUUUAAUGGCGGCUCUCACAAACAGCUGCUUGAUCUUCUUCAGGAAGGUGUUGAAGACUGUGUAAGCUUCACUUUGCCUGCAAAGAAAUGGCACUGGAGGGCCAGAACAUCAGCCCUGUACUUUAUGCAGACAGUUCCAGCCAGUUCCUCCUACAGAGUUUUGUUCACCAGCUCUGUUCUCAAUCUUGCUGAGCUUGUAGCCCUGCGUCCUGAUCUCGCCCGUCUGAAGAAGGUUCUGUACUUCCAUGAAAACCAGCUGGUCUAUCCAGUCCGCAAAAGCCAAGAAAGAGACUUCCAGUAUGGCUACAACCAGAUCCUCUCAUGCUUGGUUGCAGAUGUAGUGGUGUUCAACUCCUCGUUCAACAUGGAGUCUUUCCUAUCAUCCAUCUCCACCUUCAUGAAGACCAUGCCUGACCAUCGGCCCAAAGAUCUGGACCGGCUCAUCCGGCCGAAGUGUCAAGUGCUCCACUUCCCAAUUCGCUUUCCUGAAGUCACAAGAUUCCUGCCCGCACACAAAUGUCUCAGGCAUUCAGGGCGGCAGGAUAUUCACAAUCCAGCUGUUCAACACACCGAUCACACAUCAGUUGCAAGUUUUUCCGACAUUACAAAAGACACUGAAUCACCUGAAGGGAAAGUACAUGAGACAGGACCGCAGACUGUGAGCGUGGCAUCGGGUCAGGAGGCACCGCAGAAUCCGUCAGCAUGCCGUCUGUUUGAUGAUGACAGAGACAAGCUUCGGCCACUUCACAUAGUCUGGCCACAUCGCUGGGAACAUGACAAAGACCCGCAGCUGUUCUUCCAGACCUUACUGAAACUCAAAGAACGACAGCUGAGCUUUGAAGUUUCUGUCCUGGGAGAGACUUUCACUGACGUUCCAGACAUCUUUGCAGAAGCCAAAGAACAGUUGGUUGACCACAUCCAGUACUGGGGUUUCAUGCCCAGUAAGGAAGAUUACCUCAAAGUGCUAUGCCAAGCAGAUGUCGUCGUUUCCACGGCCAAGCACGAGUUUUUCGGAGUGGCGAUGUUAGAAGCAGUCCACUGCGGUUGUUAUCCUCUGUGUCCAAAUGCUUUGGUUUAUCCUGAAAUAUUUCCUGUGACAUAUCUGUAUUCAACACCUGAACAGCUGUGUAAAAAAUUACAAAAUUUCUGCAAGCGUCCACACUUAGUCAGACAACAUGUUAUUCAGGUAAACAUCAGCACUUUUUCCUGGGAAACUCUAGAGCACAGGUUCAGAUCUCUCCUAAAAGCGGAUGAUGACAUGAUUUCAACAGAGCAGCACACAUCAUGAAGAGACCCCAGAAUAAAAUCACACAGUAUUUAAAAUCCAACCUCACUGUGAAAGAAAGUUUAUGAUGUAUUCAUAAAUGCUUUUAAAAGAUGGUGGCACAACUUUAUCUACUGUACUGUACCAUCAACAGAAUCUUUUUAUCACCUUGCGUCUGCACGAUAACUUUAAUGCAGGAAAAACAACUUUUAUAUUUGUGGUUAAUGGAAAAAAGAACAAAGAAAAAAAAAACAAUCGAAAAACCUGUGACCGACUUCGUGUCACGCAUAGGCGGGCCCACCUCAUAUUUCGGGUUCAUAUCCAUUUUUAUCCUUUGUGCUUGAGGACUCCAGCCUGGAAUUUCGGAGUCUUUGGUUCCCACUCCGACAGAGCGGCAGCCAAGUUGCGGCUUGAAACGAUGUGGGCUCUUGCUCCACCUGAGGUUGCCAGGUUGUGACAAAGUCCCCCGAGGCUCAGUAAAGGUUGAUGCGAGGCUUCCCUAGGACUGCGGUUUAAUCUAAAUACGGUGCUUUUAUUUUCCUUGCUUCUGAGAUCUGGCUGUACGUUACAGCUGGGAACCCACUGCAUAAUUAAGGGGGCCUGGUAACUAGCUAUUUAUAUGUGUUUGCAAAAUUUAAAAAUACUGGGCAAACUAACAAUGGCCUGUCAGAUUUUCCAUCUUGCUUAAAGAUGUAAGUGUCUGCUUUCACAUCGCACCAAUGCCACAAUCUCUCGGCCCACAUCAUGUCUGCCAACAUGUGUGUUAUUAAAAGAGCCUUGACUUUUAUUGCAGAGGUUAUUGAAGGAUUCAUCCUUUAUUAUCAUUGACGUUCUCUCAUUAAAACUGCAGACAUUUCGGGCAUUGUUAUUAUUAUAGAUUUAUUGAUUAUUCAGGUGCACCGGACAGAGGAUUAAAAUUACAGGCUGAAAUUGAAUCAUAUAUCCCUAUCUUUUUGCACAUAAUCAAAAUUAGUCUCAUUACUCCUUAUUAGCUACACGUGAUCGUAACAGUCGUAAUUUCCUACAUAUGUAUAGGAGAUUAUUUUGUGUGGUGUGAUAUUUUUCUAUCAAUGCAUUAUUUUUUUAGAAUACAAUUUUAUUUUUUGCUGAAAGUUAACAUUUUGAAUUGCAUAAUAUUUAUAUAGAGCAGCCUGAUGCCAUUGACUUGUUUGCAUCAUUACAGAUCUGGAGUCAUUGAGAAAACACUCGUGCAGUGUCAAAUGAGUUUGCCAUCUACUCUGAGGCUGACCUCAGGUCAGGACCUAAUGACGCCAUAAAGCCUGUAUAACCUGCCGUUUCUGUAGUCACAAAAUGUCACCCCACAUAUAAAAACUUAAUAGCAACCUCUAUAAAACUCGGUGCACAUUAAACCAUUUCAUUGGCCUGUUGCUGUUUUCACACUGAGUGUGUUCUAGGGAUAUGAAGCAAAUGUAAUACUGGACGAAAUCUAUGACAAAUGUCACGAUAUGCAGACUUGUGUGGUCUUAUUUUUAAGUAGCCUAAUAUAAUUUAAAGUGCAAUUUAAGAAUCUUCAUCAAUAUACUCCAGAGAUCAUAUGCCAUCCCGUCAUAGUAGUACUGUACACAGCUGGCAGGUUGCCAUUCAUUUAAAAUGACUGCUUGUAGAUCUAUUAUUUGCCGAAGGGGAAUCUGAUACAGUUUCAGGUAUAAAUACUGGUGCCUUCAGAAUCAACUUUAAGGUUUGAUAUGAUAUUCAGAGCCCUAAUGUUAUGAAAUGAUGGAAUCCCCAUAAAAUGAUCCUUGAGACAUCAGGGUGAUGUCACGCUAUUUCUGAGACGUUUGCUGGAAAGAGCAGAAUUCAGAGCAAAGCUAACUGCAAAUCAAAUGCCACAGAGUCAUCACAGCCUCUCAAACCAGCAAACGGAUUUAGGAAAUGGAAGAUGGAAAUAGCUCUUUAAUGAGGGCACUCAAGUUCUGAGUUUAAUGGUCACGGUACAGUUUGGGCACAACUUUCACCAAAUAUGAAAUGAUUUAUUUUCUAUAUAUUGCAUAUGUAGAAAUCUUUAAAAUAAUUACAUCUUGCAAACCCACAGUUUCUAACCUUGGCAGUUCUACAUGGAAGAACACCCUGGGUGAGAUCUCAUUCGAGCGCCCACCCCCCUAAAAAAAACUCAAAAUUCUGCACAAACAGUUUUUUUUU